CACACCAGCACAGAGGCUGGCAGAGGGAAGCAGCAGCCUGUGUUUGGACUGGGCGGAGGUUCAUCCAUGCGUUGCUCUACCCUGCUCGGCAUCCUCACCGGGGUGGUCCUGUACCUGGUGCUGGGAGCGGUGGUGUUUCGUGCCCUGGAGACUCCACGAGAGAUGGGCAAGCACAUGCAGCUGCAGGACGCACGCCUGGAGUUCUUGAUGAACUUCACCUGCGUCGGCCCUGAGAAUCUUCACUUACUUAUAGAGGAAGUGGUGGAUGCUAUGGGUGCGGGAGUGGAUCCCAACAGCAACACCACCUUUGUCAGCCAGUGGGAUCUGGCCAGUGCCUUUUUCUUCUCAGGGACGAUCAUCACAACAAUCGGUUUUGGAAACAUCUCACCAAAGACAGAAGGCGGGCAGUUGUUCUGUAUAUUCUACGCCCUGGUGGGAAUCCCCAUGUUCGGUUUCCUGCUUGCUGGAGUUGGAGACCAUCUGGGUACUGGACUGAGGAAAGCUGUCCUCAAAAUAGAGACUCUCUUCCGGAAAUGGAAAGUCAGUCCGACCAUAGUGCGAGUGAUCUCCGCUGUCCUUUCCAUCCUGCUGGGCUGUCUGCUCUUUGUCGCAGUGCCUAUCCUGGUUUUCCAGAAGGUGGAGCAGUGGACUCUUUUGGAGUCGGCCUACUUUGUGGUUAUUACCCUGACAACAGUUGGGUUUGGAGACUAUGUUGCAGGGGAUUCUGGGAACGAAGGUAGUGACCACUGGUACAAGCCUCUCGUUUGGUUCUGGAUCUUGCUUGGUCUCGCCUACUUUGCAUCAGUCCUUACAAUGAUUGGUAACUGGCUUAGGGUUUUAUCCAAGAAGACAAGAGCUGAGAUGGAGGAACUUCGAGCCCAUGCCACAGACUGGGGUCAAAACAUCCAGAACAUGUCGGUGGAUUUCCGCAUUCCAGGAAAAAUCGAUGACCCCUUCAAACGCCGUCGGAGGAAGCGUCGUCACGGCCCUCGCAGCCAUGGUAACAGUGUGGCAGCCAACGGGGCUCCUGAGGGGAACGAAGAGCAGCAUGGGAGUCAAUCAGAGUCUGGAUCGUCCUCUUCAUCCUCCUCUAAUGAAUCAGAAUCUGCAUCAGAAUCAGACUCUCAGGCCACGCAGACAGAUCGAGUACCUGAAGAGAAACCUGCAGAGCCUGAAAAGGAGGAGACUCUUCCAGAACCCCAUCUGUCUCAGCCUCUGGACUACUUCGGGGAGAACCUUGCGUUUAUUGACGAGUCUUCAGAUACUCAAAGUGUUAAAGUACAUUUAGAUCCUCUUCUGGAUUCCACUCAGUCCAACUCUGGACACUCUCGUCAGCCCAAAAGGAGACGCCACAGAAGACCAGUACCACAGAGAAGCCCCAGAGGCAACCGCUUGAACCCGGACAAGAAGGAACCCAAUGGAAACAAAAAACCAGUCCUAGAUCUACCACUGAAGCCUCAAGGAGAUCACAUAAACUCCACUGCACAAGCAUAG